AUGACAGAGGUGUAUGCAAAGUCCCCCACAGUCUUCACGGUGGACUCGGGCCCCCCUCCACUGCCCCCCAGGACUAGGACCAGGCGCAGGCAGCUGGCCCCGUCCCAGGUGCUGCUGCUCCUCCUGGUCAGUGUGGCCCUCUGUGGCAUGCUGGUGGAAGCCUGGCUCAUCCACCGCCUCUACCGCCUCUACCAACCUGCGCCCGGAGAAGCAUCCCAGCCUUCAGCUUUAAAAAUGAUCGGAAACGCUCCAACAGUUGGAUCUAAAGUUGUUGAAUGGGACAAACGCUUUGAAGCCCCUUUCAAACCACUGGCUCAUCUCACAGACGGCCCUGAUGUCAAAGCUCAUCAUAAGUACAUCAUGUCUUGGAGUGAGGUUCCGGACCUGUUCCUCUACAAAGUUGAACCAGCUGUUCAGCUCGAACCAUCAGUCUGA